AUGCCGAGGGAGCAACCAAUGGGAGCGAGCCCCGGCGCUCGCCGUGCCAAUCGGCGCGCCGCCGCCCCGCCUUGGCCCGCUCGCCGUCCAACCAGAGGAGCGAGGGGGCGGAGGGGCGUCUUCCGCCGCGGGCCCCUGGGCUGGGGCCGGAGGCUGCUGGUGACCCGCCCCUGCGGGGCUUCCUCGCAGGCCGGCGCCGCCAAGAAGGCCCGAGACGGGCCGGACGUGCCCGGCGCGCAGCCCUCCUCGCCGCUGAGCGCCGAGCAGCUGGACCGCAUACAGCGGAACAAGGCCGCGGCCUUGCUCAGGCUCGCGGCCCGGAACGUGCCCGUGGGCUUCGGGGAGAGCUGGAAGAAGCCCCUCAGCGGCGAGUUCGGGAAGCCGUACUUCAUCCAGCUCAUGGGAUUUGUUGCAGAAGAAAGAAAACGUCACACUGUUUAUCCACCCCCACACCAAGUCUUCACCUGGACCCAAAUGUGUGACAUAAGAGAUGUGAAAGUUGUCAUCCUGGGACAGGAUCCGUAUCAUGGACCCAAUCAAGCUCAUGGGCUCUGUUUUAGUGUACAAAGACCUGUUCCACCUCCACCCAGUUUGGAGAACAUUUAUAAAGAGCUGUCUACAGAUAUAGAUGCUUUUGUUCAUCCUGGCCAUGGAGAUUUAUCUGGGUGGGCCAAACAAGGUGUUCUUCUACUCAAUGCUGUCCUUACUGUUCGGGCCCAUCAAGCCAAUUCUCAUAAGGAGAGAGGCUGGGAGCAAUUUACUGAUGCAGUGGUAUCCUGGCUGAAUAAGAACUCGAAUGGCCUUGUCUUCUUGCUCUGGGGCUCUUAUGCUCAGAAGAAGGGCAGUGCCAUCGAUAGGAAGCGGCAUCAUGUCCUGCAGACAGCUCAUCCCUCCCCACUGUCUGUGUAUAGGGGGUUCUUUGGGUGUAGACACUUCUCUAAGACCAAUGAGCUGCUGCAGAAGUCCGGCAAGAAGCCCAUCAACUGGAAGGAGCUGUGAUCCUCACCUGAGGGGAGUGGGGUCUGUCGAUGGAUUUUGAGAAGCUGCUGUUCAAGCGUUUGUCAGUCAUGAGGUUGAGCUGAAGAUCUUCCUGUUAAAUCUUGAUUAUUCUGUAUAAAGGGGAAGAGCAACCAG